AUGGAUGAGGAAAUGCUAGAGGAGGAAGUUGGGGAAAUAGAAGAAGAGACAGGUACCAAGAAUAUGUGGGAAAGUGUGGAAAAUCUCACUAAAUAUAAUAAGGAGGCUGUUUUAGCUGGGGAUUAUCAGACCAUUACAGAAAUAGAGACCGCUUUUUACCGACUAGAAACAGAAAAGAACGAGUUGGUUGAGAAAUUAUCAACUUUGACAGAAGAGAUAACUUCUGGAAAGGAUAGAUUUAUCCUCCUGCAAGCUGACUUUGAUAACUUUAGAAGGAGAUCAGAUAAAGAGAGACUAUCAGUUCGAAGCGAUGCACAGGGAGAAGUAAUUGAGAGUCUUCUUCCAAUGGUGGACAACUUUGAGAGGGCGAAGCAACAGUUACAACCAGAAACGGAUAAGGAAAAACAGAUUGAUACGAUUUUUCUAAGAUAG